AUGUUGUAAGAAAAUUAAAGGGAAAAUGAGAAAAAGUAGUAUUCAAUGUUCUACCCAGAAGAUGAAAGAUCAAAGAGUCAUUUCUUAAAUUAACAAUACCUUACGAAUUUCUUUGAAUUUACUAAUCACUUUAAGGAAGCUGAUUUACAAAAUUAAGGAAAAUAGGAAGAAAAAAACUAACCUAAAUUUCCCAUAAUUAUAUAAUAUGAGUAGGAACCUAGAUAUGUUAAUCAGAAAUAGUAAUUUAAUUUAUUAAUUCUUAGAUAUAGACGAAUCAUGAUUCGAAGAAUCAAAAGAGCUUAAUAAGCAUUAAAACUAGAGGAAUUAAGAAAAGAGCAAGCUACAAAGGUUUUAGAUAAAUCAAAUUAAAAAUAUAUAUAUGAAUCAAGGCAUUAACAUGCAUUAAAAAGAGAAAGAGGACCAGAUGGAAAAUUUUUAAAAAAGCAGAAUUCUGCCGAGUCUCCACCAAAACUUUGA